AUGACCCAACACAUCCGCCCACUGUACAUUCAAGCUCAAAUGAAUGGCCAUCCUAUCAGAAAGGUGCUAGUGGACAAUGGGUCACCUGUCAACACAACGCCAAUUACAGUCUUGAGUGCACUUGGGAUGACAGAGGACGAUCUAAUCCCAACAGAUGUCACAAUGGCAGGGUUUACUGGAGAAGUCACCAAAGCAAUAAGAGUGCUGUCAGUUCAACUGACUGUAGGCAGUAAGACCUCUUUAACUGCAUUCUUUAUCAUUAACUCUCAAGCCAAUUAUCAUGCAUUACUUGGCAGGGACUGGAUACACACCAAUUGGUGUGUGUCGUCUUCUUUGCAUGAAUUUCUAUUUUUUUGGAAAGACAAUGAUGUGGAGGUAGUAUGGGGAGACAGAAAGCCGUUCAAAGCCAAUGCAGACAAUGUAGAAGCUGGAUAUUAUGAUAGAGACAUAGGACCGAUAAAGUUCUUCGAUCAUACUAAUGAAGGAGUCAGAAAGGCCGUACUAUAUAGACUAGUAGGAGAUCAAGUGUGGGAGCAGAACAGAACAGAAAUGAUCUUUGAAGAAGAUAAGUUGGAGCCUGAAGGUGAUGAGAUUCAGACAGAUGAUCUAAAAAAGGCGCCACUAUAG